AGCUCAACAAGUCGACACGUCCGUGGAGGGAGCCGCGCGCGACUGCUUCUGGCCCCGGUAUUCGAAUCCGAAAGACUACGAGGAGAUGGGAUGUGAUAUGACGAUCACGAGUAUGUUAGAGGAGUACAAGGAGGACCCAGUGACUGUGAGAAACGACGAUUUCCUGUGCAAGGUCUCGUGCGGGCGCACUGCGCUCGAGCCGAAGCAUGGGCUGAACGACUUCGCGGAGUGGGCGGUCGCGAGUCGGCAGAGCAGCGCGCCGCGCAACCCGAAAAGAAAAGGCGGCGUUAAAGGCGCUGGGGACAUGGGCAUGGCGGCCCAGGGCGUCUGUACGACCUUCGGGCCCUUGCUCUGCCGGGAGUAUAAGCUCGAGGAGAGCACGGUCAUCCGGCUAUCGCAGACGUCUGACGGGCGGAAGGUAGUUUCGAAGCACCUGCCUCUGGAAAGAACGCAGCAACUGCACCCAAUUUCAUUGGAGGACAUAGACAAUCCCGAAAAGGAGAAAAUAAGGCGUGGCCACGCAGCGGUGGCACCUGCAACUGGAGACAAAGCAGCCUAUUAUCCGCCGUCAACAAGAUUAGAUGAAGAUGACACUUUGAAAAAAGGCCAAAAAGAACCGGAAGAUCAUCAACGUGUCGACACACCGGCAGGGCUCCCGGACGAGGAUCGCGACGGCGCCCAUUGGCCAGUUGUCGUCGAAACGUUUCCGCG